GCAGGCAUAAUCAGCCAACACACAUCAUUACUGAUCCCCGCGUCUUCUUGUUCUUCUUCUUCUACCUGCUAUCGACGUCCCUUCAACGUACGAGACACGGGCCGGCACAAGUCAAGGUCGUAUCUGCAGGCGAGCCAGGGCACAGGCACUUGUUCUGACGUGACAAGUCUCGUCUCUUCUCGUCUCAGAAACCGGUCUUCCCCGGUCGUCGCUUCGCUACCCUCCUCCUCCUCCGACGUCUUUAAACCUAACUUCCCCCACUGAUCGAGCUCAGCUCAUCGUGGAGUGAUCUCUGAUUAAUACUGGUGGCUAGCUGUUCAGUGCCAUGGAGUUCACCAAGGAGGUUGUCGUUCCCGCGGCGCUGUCCGAGAUCCUCGGCCGCAUCUUCUCCUUCCUGUUUGACACCUUCGGCCGGCAGGCGCCCGGCGCCCGGGACGCGCACCGGCGCCGGCUGGAGCAGCUGCUGGGCAACAUCGGCAGCAUGGUCGAGGAGGCCGAGGGCCGCCACAUCACCAACCAGCAGCUGCUCGCCCACCUCAAGGCGCUUACCGUGGGCAUGUACCGCGGCCGCUUCGCGCUCGAGGUGACGGACCUCGACGACGUCAGCAACGCCGACGGCGAGGGCGCCGACGAUGACGACGCUACUGAUGCCGCCACCGCCGCCGCCGCCGCCGCCGUGGGCAAGCGAUCGUUGUCGCUGCGCUCGUCGUUCAACAAGGCAAAGCGUUCCCGCGUCACGAGGUUGAUCUUCGGCGGCGGCGGCGGCGCUGGCGACGACGACGGCGCGGAGAGGCUGGCCACCGCCGUCGAGGAUCUGGAGAGCCUGACGCGCGACUACAUGCGGGAGUUCAUCAUGCUGGUGCAGGGCUACCCCCGGAAGGUGGACCGGCCGGUGCGGACGACGCUGUACAUGGACCGGUGCGUGUUCGGCCGCCACGUCGAGAAGGAGCGCGUCGUCGACUUCCUGCUGCAGCGCGCGCCGGGCGGCCGCGCGCCGUACCUGAGCGUGCUCGCCGUCGUGGGCGCGAAGAAGGUCGGAAAGACCACGCUCGUCAAGCACGCCUGCGACGACGAGCGCGUGCGCGGCCACUUCGCGCGCAUCGAGUGGUUCGAGACGCCCGACGUCGUGCGCCGGGGCGGCCGGCCCGACCAGACCAUGUGGGCGAGCGGCGGGCCGGAGUACCUCGCCGGCGUCCGCCGCAUCCUCGGCGAGCCCCGGUUCGCGGCGGGGCGGUCGCUGCUGGUGUUCGAGGACGCCUGGCCCAUCGACGAGACGGCGUGGAGCGCGCUGGCGGCCUCCCCGAGCGCGCUCGCCGACGGGAGCAAGCUCCUCCUGACGUGCCGCGACGCCGACCUCGGCCGGCUGGGCACGGCGGAGCCGGUGGUGCUCCACGCCCUGCCGCAGGAGGAGUACUGGUACUACUUCAAGGCGUUCGCGUUCGGCGGCGCCGACCCGCGGGAGCACCCGCGGAUCGCGGCGGUGGCGCGGGAGAUCUCCGGGCACCUGGAGCGCACGUUCCUGGACGCGCGGGUGCUGGGCACGCUGCUCCGGGCCAACUUCGACGCCCGGUUCUGGCGGCGGGUGCUCGCCGCCAUCGUCCAGUGCGAGCGCCGGCCGAUGCACGUCGGCGUGCUGCUGGAGCUCCUGCCCGUGAGCGGCAGGCUGCAGUCGUACGGGUACUGCCGGAGCCCGCCCAAGUUCACCGUGCAGGACGUGCUCAGCGCGCGAGCGGGCGGCGGCGGCGGCGGCGACGCGGAGGACGGCUUCACCAUCCAUCUUUGCAGGGAGACCCUGUACAUGGAUCACUGGUACAGCAUCACCUUCAAGAACGAUGGAGCGCCGCCGCCGCCCGUUCUGACGAUCUAGCUUUGCUUAGCUGCGGCGAGUUUGUGUUCUGACACUAUGCUUGUAGCCGUUGUUAGCGAGAAGCACGGAGUAUUACGAGUAACGUAGCAGGAACAAUAGUGGUGGAUCCAUAGAUGCAAGGUUUCUUCCAUAUGAAGAUCACGAACAAAUUCGAUGUCUUAAAGCUCAAAUCUACAUACAAAUUCGAUGUUGUGCUUUGUAA